AUGAGUCCUCCAAAAUAUGAUGGGAAUAUUCAUCCGGAUGAAUGGAUAAAUGACUUUCAAAAUUAUUUCAAUCUUAAAAAAAAACUCGAUGCAGAUGAUUAUUUAGAUUAUGCUAUAUCCUUAGUAGAUCCUAUUAUCAAACUCCCAACUGGUAUUGAUGAUUUUGAAAAACUUCGUAAAGCACUUAAGGAUGACAUUUCUUUUACAAUAUUCAAAAAUACAAAUCAAAGAAAAUUACAAUUAUUAAAAUUCAUUCCUGAAAGUGAAGUCGGCGAAACUUCAAAAUUUAUUUCGAAUUUUCGCAAAUUAUGUUAUAAUGCUGAGAUUAAUGAUAUAGAAGAACAAAAGAAUUAUUUUUAUUUAACACUUCGAAAUGAUUAUAUUUCGAAUGAAUUUUAUAAGAAAAUGAAAAAUAUCAAAUCAACAAACGAAUUAAUUGAAAAAUUUGAUAAAAAUAUUUUUAUUAAUGAAUCAAAUUUAAUUAGAAAAGGAUCUACUAUAGCUUUAAAACAUGUUACUACAGGAAAAUAUUUAAGUUCAAUUCGUGGAUUAAACUAUACGACUGGAAGCAAGGCUCAAUUAGUUUUUGUAAAUGAUUUGUUAAAUUCGGAUGCUUUAUGGAAUAUCACAUUUACGAGCGGUAGAGAAUUAGCUUCAUAUUCCGAUACUUAUAUUUAUUUACAACACAAAAGUUCUAGCAAUUUUCUUGGAAUUUUUUAUAAUAGAUAUAUUGAUAAUCAAUCUCCAGUAACUGAGCACACGGAAGUAUGCUGUUAUUCACAAGAUCUAUGGAAGUUCAAUAUUAGUAAAUUAGAAAAUGAUCAAGGAUAUUUUAAAUCAAAUGAUAUUAUUAAUAUUAGUGUCAUUAAUAGGUAUAAUCAACAAUUAUUUUUACGUAGUCAUGAUUUUAAUUUUACUAUUGGAAAUGACACUUUUCAGGAAGUUGCUUGUCAUAGCGAAAGACUUGAUGGCAAUGAUGAGACAAGUGAUUUAACUGGUGUUUUAUUUAUUGUUGAUAUAAAAGCUACUGUUAAUUUGAAAUAA